AUGAAUAAUUUAUUUUCUUUCCCUGAGCCUUUUUUUCACAUUCUUUUUUUUUUUUUAAAUAUUUUUCAUUCUCACAUUUUUUUCACAUUCAUUUUAUUUAUCUUAUCUUCCGUCCCCUUGUUUUGUUAUGUAUCCUUUUUUUUUCUAUCUCUCUUUCAUACAUUAAUCGCCAUUCCUUUCUUUCUUCCUUCUUUCCUUUUUCUUUCUUUCUUCAUAAAAUGUUUUAUUUCUUUUUCUACUUCUUUCUUUCUUAUAUCUUUUUAUUUUCCUUCUUUCUUCGUUUCUUUUAUUUCACCUUUCUUUCUUUUCUUUUCUUUUCUUUUUUCUUUAUUACUUUUUCUUUCUUUCUUUCUUUCUUUCUUUCUUUCUUUCUUUCCGCAGUUUCAUUUCUUUACUACUUCUUUCUUCAUUCCUUCUUUAUUUCUUUCUUUUCUUUCUUCUUUUCUUUCUUUUCUGUUCGCUUUUUACUCAGUUUCAUUCCUUCGUUAUCUUUCUUUCUAUCUUUCUUUCUCCCUUGCCUCUCCUUUUUCUUUCCUUUCUUUUUCUUUCCCUGUUUCUUUUAUUUCUUAUUUCUUUCUCCUUUUCCUUCCAUUCAUCUUGCUUUUCUUUCUUUUCUUUUCCUUUUUUUCUUAUUUCUUUAAUUUUUAUCUCUUUCGUUCUUUCUUUCUUUCUUUCUUUCUUUCUUUCCUUCUCUCUUUCCUCCAUUUCCUUCUUUCCUUAUUUCUUUCUUUCUUUCAUUAUUUUUUUUCCUUUCUUUUCUUUCUUCCUUUUUCCUCCCUUCCUUCCUUUCUUUUUUUCUUUCCUUUUAUCAUUCCCUUUUUUCCUUCGAUCUUCAUAAUGUUUCCUCUCGCAUUACUUCUCUUCUUUCUUUCUUUCUUUCUUUCUUUCUUUCCUCCAUUUCCUUCUUUCCUUAUUUCUUUCUUUCUUUCAUUAUUUUUUUUCCUUUCUUUUCUUUCUUCCUUUUUCCUCCCUUCCUUCCUUUCUUUUUUUCUUUCCGUUUCAUUUCCCCUUUUCUUUUUCUUCCAUCGGGUCUCAUUACUAAAUUAUCAGCUCUUUUAUUUUCAGCUUCAUAAUGUUUCCUCUCGCAUUACUUCUCUUCUUUCUUUCUUUUUUUUCUUUCAAACAUUCAUUUCUUUUUCCGUUUUCGACUGUAAACUCCACGUCUUUCUCUCUCUUUCUCUCUAUUUCUCUAUCUAUCUCUAUCUAUCUAAUUCACUCUCUCACCAUCUAUCUAUCUAUCUAUUUCUUCUUUUUUUUCCUUUCAAACUUCAUUACUUUCCCAGAAGAUGCCAGGGCAAUGUCGACCUUUCGCUGUGCCAAAUAAUGGAAUUUACCGAACGGGCUGCCGCCUUCUCUGUUCAUAUCUAUCAAUCACAGUCUGUUCCUAUCUAUCUUUGUAUCUGUCUAUCACAGUUUGUUCGUAUCUAUCUAUCUGUUUGUCUGAGUCUGUUCAUAUCUGAUGUUAAUCUAUCUAUCUAUCACAAUCUGUUCGUAUCUAUCCAUUUAUCUAUCUCAGAUCGUCUGUUCAUAUUAAUCUAUCACAGUCUGUUCAUAUCUAUCUAUAUAUCUGUCACAGUCUAA